CGAAUAACUUUGAGUACAAGUCUACUACAAGUAUGAUUUUAUAAAACUAUUCUCUCAGUAAAAACUUUUGUGUUUUAAAACAUUAAUUUAUUUUUGUUGGAAAAGAUGGUUAUGUCUUUGAAGGUCUUGCUAUGCACUUUCAUAACUCUUAAUUUUAUUUCAACAGUACUUUGCAUCAAAUGUUGGAACUGCAGAUCUAGUAAUGACCCAAAAUGUGCGGAUCCAUUUGAUAAUUCUACCGUGCCUAUAACAGACUGCAAACAAGAAAAAGGGUUACGACAUUUACCAGGAUUAAGGCCAUCUAUGUGUCGUAAAAUAAGACAGAAAGUGAAUGGUGAGUGGCGUUAUAUUAGAGACUGUGCUUACCUUGGAGAAGUUGGUAUACAGGGUGAUGAACGAUUCUGUCUUAUGAGAACAGGUACAUAUAACAUAUUUGUUGAAUAUUGUACAUGCAAUAGUAAAGAUGGCUGCAAUUCUGCAACUUUUAAAAGCCCUGGUGUACUUUUUACAUAUAUAAUAUUUACUAUUUGUAUUUUUUAUACAAUGUAAUAGAUUUUAAACAUGCAUCUAAAAUUUAUCCAUUAAGAAUUUCAAAUUAUAACACAUCUUUAUAACACAUCUAUCAGAGAUAUGAUGAUGGUGCUGAUGCUUAUGUGAAUUGCAAUUAAUUGUUUCAUUAAAGAUUGCUUAAAAGUAAUACACUCUUGUAAAUCUUACUUCUACUAAGUUAUGUAUGUUUAUAGACUGUAGUUAUUUUUUAUUGUGAACAUGUGUCUUACAAA